AUGAUGUUUUACGCGCGGGAGAAGCUGUGGCGCCAUGCGGAGCUCGUUUGCACCGACACAAUUAAAUCAACGGACAGCUGGUUGUUUCGUGUGUGGCGUGCAUUGUGCUACGACAAGCAGGGUCAGCCUAACGAGGCGUUGAGAGAGUACAAAUCAGCGCAGCAACACCGCGAAACGGUUAUACCCGCAUUGAUGGGUAUUGUGCUUAUCUACCGCAGAAGUAAGGAUACAGAGGGACUCGCUUCGGCGGAGCGGGCUCUGGCAGCUUAUGCUGAUGGAGAUACAGCAGCAAACAGUAUAGAUGGCUGGGUGCAGGCAGCAGCGCUGAUGUGGUUGUCCGGUGACGCAGCUGGUGCCCGGGACAUAUUACUCCGCUAUGAGGAUGUUCAGGAGACGCAUCGUGAUGAAUGCACAAAUCUUGCAACGAUACGUGCGUGGGUGGACCUCAGCAUUGGUCGUGGGGCCUUCCUCGAGAAAUGCGGGUCUCUUUUCCAGAAAGUGAUGAAUAUGGAGAGUCAAAAUGGGGAACCAAUGGACAUUGACUCUACCAUGGGCCGUGUCGCUUUCUUUGAGCGCAAGUACCAGUUUUUUCCUGCCCAGCAGUUACUCAAUAAACUCAUUGUCAGCCAUCCGAGUUUCACUCCUGCCCUUAUUGUGAAGGCUCGGCACCUCAUGAAGGCAGAGGACUGGGAGCAGUGCACCGAAACGACGAAGCGCAUUCUUGGGAAAGAUAAAACUAAUCUGGAGGCACUUGCUUUGAACACCCUGUUUUUACUGGUGAAGGAUGCCCGAUAUGAGGCCGCUGCUGCUCAGUUACCGUCCUUAUUCGAGGCGUUACAGGAAAAGGAACCAAAAAAUGCGGCCCUCUUUUUUGAGUAUGCACAGUGCUUCUCGCGCCUUAGUGGGUCAUAUCCGCCUCUUUUGGGUGUUACGAUGCAGUUUGCGGAGGCUGCCCACCGCAUGGCUCCACAGAGAGGUGAGUAUUUGACUGAAGUUGGCUUCCAACAACUCCUCCGCGGUGAGUACAAAACAGCCCUCGCAACCUUCAAGAAGGCCUCCGCCUCUGCAGACAGUAGCGUCCUUCCACUGCUCGGUUUAAUUCGCUGCCUCAUUUUCACAGGAAACCUUGAUGACGCAGCGAAACAGAUAGAGUUUCCGAACGAGAUUCAGGCAUCGAACCAACGAAAUCCAGAGCUCAGUGCCCUCAACGCCAUUCUUCAGUGGCGGCGGCACAGAAAUGAGUCAAAAGCGCUACACUUUCUUGACCAAACGGCCGAGGCAAUAAGGCAAGAAGUGGGAUCGGGAUCAUCGGGGUUGGAGUUGUACAUUAAACUCAACCCACCACUGAUGCUUGAAGUGGCAAAAGAGUACAUGCAUCACUGCCGCACGGAGCCCCCAGAUCCAACUGUUAGUAAGGCGGAUCCCAUCGCUGAGAAGUGUAAGCGUCAUCUUGAAUUGUUACUUCGUCACGUUCCCGGCUGUUUGGAGGGACAACUUCUUCUGUCAAAAGUAUAUUUUGUCUCUGGGAACCUGAACAAGGCACAGGCAAUGAUCACCACAAAUAUUCGCCAUGAGCACGCUAUUCCCGAUGCAUUUCUCCUUUCAGCGCAGAUUUGCCAAUACGUUGGGAAUGUGAGCCUUGCUUCACAAGCCCUGGAGCAAGCACUGACGUUGGAUUUCGAGGUGAAGGAUCAACCUCUGUACAAUUUGUUGUACGGUUCCGUACUUGGGAUGAUGAACAAGCACAAGGAAGCACUCGAGGCACUGCAAGAAGCACUAAAGGUCGUUAAGGAUAAGUCGCACGUCACCGCCAAGGGACGGCUCGUACAACCUCUUAGCGUGCAGGACCAUGUGAGUUUAUAUCUGUUAAUUGCACAAACUCACCUCAAACUUCAUGAUGCUGAAGAGGCCCGUGCAACUGUAGCCGAGGCAACGGCACUGUUCAAGGACACGGCACAGGCAGGGCGGGUGGCUAUUGCAAGCGCAAUGAUAGCUGCUCGCACUGAUGUGGACAGAGCCCUUGAAAUACUGAGACAAGUGCCACCACGUAGUGAUUUUUUCAUUGCUGCUAAGACAAGGAUGGCGAACAUAUAUCUUAUUCACCGGCAAAACCGCCAAAUGUACGCGGAGUGUUUUGAACAGCUCGUAGAGGAAGUGGCGACGGCACAGAGUUACAUAGCCUUGGGCGAAGCAUACACGAACAUACAGGAACCGGAGAAGUCCAUCUCUGCGUAUGAGAAGGCCAAAGCGAUUGAUCCCGAUAACAGUGACCUUGCGGUACUCAUUGGUCGUGCACUUGUGUCAACACAUGACUAUCAGCGAGCAAUUCGCUACUACCGCGAUGCGGUGGCAUCAGACAAGUCGAAGUUUGCUGUGCGUGCUGAUCUUGCGACGCUCUUCUGGCACCUUGGGGCUGUGGAUCAUGCCAUUGCGGUGCUGAAAGAGGCACCAGCGUAUCAAAGCGAGCCCGACGUAGGGGAGGGUGUCGACCGCGCCAUCGAGCGCGUGAACUGUGCGCUACUAAUGUGCAAAAUCAAUCGCAACACACAGAACGCUGACCUGGCAGCCGAAGCCUUACUUCAGGCGCGAGGCUUUCAAGAGCAUGUUCUCCGCAAUAUGAUGCGCAACGAGACGCGAGAAACCAUAUAUCAGCAGAAAGUUGUGGCGGCAACAAUAAGUCUCGAGCUCGGGCGCUACUAUGCUUCUGUGGGUGAGGUAGAGCGUGCGAAGGAGUGUUAUCAGGAAUCACGCAUGUACGACGAAUCAAGUGAGGCACCAAUAUUAGCAAGUGCCCGUUUGCUCCUGCAGUGUGGCGAUGAAAAUGCCUGUGAAGAGCAAUGCAACGCUGUUCUGCGCAUCAACCCCGCUUGCGAAGAAGCUGUAGUGAUCCUCGCCGACCUCAUGGUGCGUCGGAAUUGUUUUGAUGACGCAGCAAACCACUUUAGUCAACUCCUCGAGAAAACUCCGAAUAAUUACGAGGCACUUGUUCAGUAUGUUCAACUGUUGCGCCAUGCAGGUCGUCUUAGUGACGCGAAGAUUGUACUUGAGCGUGCGGAAAGUAUGCUUGAUGUUGGUCAGCGCCCUGACGCUGCGUUGAGUUUCGCGCGUGGGCUUUAUCAUCGCUAUUGCCAGGAGAGUACGGAAGCCCUUCGGGCUUUCAACGCUGCGCGACUUCGCUCAGAUGAUACCCAGUGGAGCGAGAAGGCGUUAGUGAACAUGAUUGAGAUGUAUCUUGUUCCCACAAAUGAAGAACUCUGGGUCGACACCCAAAUGGGUGACGAAGACAGGAAUGAGAACGUGAAAGUUGCUGAGCGACUGCUGAUGCAGAUGGCGCCUGGAGAGACGCGAGAUAUACUUCAGGGUUACUGCUGGGUUGCAAGCAAAAAACGUCAGUUGGUAGAACGCGCAAUUAAGGAGUUCACACGCAUUUGCACCGCCGCUGAGAGGAAUGCCGGACAGAGUGAAAAGGCAAAUAACAAGGAGCCCCAGAAAGAAGCUGAUAACGCUGCUGACGAUGAAGACAGCAAGUUAUUGAGCGAUGUCAAUGAGCCCCCGGCGUAUACUGGACGCAUGAAUGUUCAUGCGCGUGUUGGUCUAGCAAUUGCAUACUUCAUAUCUGGUCUCGAGAAGAAGGCCACAGCCGAACUUAAACCUAUAGUUCUUCUACCGUUUGAUCCCACCACCAGUGACUCUGUGCAUCGCGCCCGGCUCCUUAGUGCACACAUGUCUGUGCAGAAGAAAGAUGUGAAGAUGGCUAAAAUGAUGCUGCAGAAGGCCCUCGAAUUAAACAAGAGCUGUCCCCGUGUCUGCCUACUUCUGGGUGCCUGCCAUGAAUUAGAGGAAAACCAUUCUGAGGCCGCCAACUGCUAUAAGGAUGCGUGGUUGCUCACAAAGGAGCGUGACCCAUCCGUUGGCUACAAGUUGGCCUUCCACUUAAUGAAGUCGGGGAAGCUGCUUCAGGCAAUUGAAGUAUGCCGUAAGGUACUAGAGGCGCACCCAAGUUAUCCAAAGAUAUCUGAUGUCGUUGAUGUGUGCCACAGUUUGCUGCGACCCUAA